UAUGAGAUUCAAAAUCAAAAUUAAAAAGUAAACAAACACACAAUUCAAUGUUAGCUCGUACUUUGCGUUUUGCUUAUUUUACUGGAAGACAAACAUUUUCAUACAAUUGCUUUCGAUCUUCUGCAUUUAAUAAUUGCAUAGCAUCUUCUUAUCUUAGACAAAGUUUUAAUAUCCAUACUUCUGUUUCUAUAAAAAAGAGUAUGGAUUUCGCUGAAUCCAAAAGUAAAUUUUUGAAUAUGGACCUGAAGGAGAAAAGAGCUUUGUAUCAUUGUACGACUAGCUAUAAAACAUUAGAUGAUAUUCCAACUUGGACUGAAUAUUCAAAAAAUGUAAAAAGCAUUCAGCCUUCUUCAGAUUACAAAAAGGAUGAAAGACUGAACAAUAAAGUUUCUAUCUUUGUUGGUGAUAUUACAGCUUUAGAGAUUGAUGGCAUAGUAAAUGCUGCUAACAACUCUCUCCGUGGUGGUGGUGGAGUUGAUGGUGCAAUUCAUAGAGCUGCUGGAAAAUCACUUUUAGCUGAAUGCAUUACUUUGAAUGGUUGCCCAACAGGUGAAGCUAAGAUUACUGGAGGCUAUAAAUUACCAGCAAAAUAUGUAAUUCACACUGUUGGCCCUGUUGGAGAAAAACCUGAACUUUUGAGGAACUGUUAUUUUAACUCUUUAAAUUUGGCCAAAGAAAAUGGAGUAAAGAGUAUUGCUUUCCCUUGUAUUUCAACAGGAGUCUAUGGCUAUCCCAAUGAAAAUGCAGCUCAUGUUGCACUUAAAACUGUUAGAGAAUUCCUUGAAAAAAAUGAAUCUGUGAUGGAUCGAAUCAUCUUUUGCCUUUUUUUGCCUGUUGAUGUAGGAAUUUAUGAAUCUUUGAUGCAGAAGUAUUUUCCAUUAUAAAAUGUUGGACUUUGUUGUGUUUACUUGUUAAAAAUGAAUGUGAUUAUUGAAUGUUUGUAACCCUUACAAUAAAGGGGGUUUUCUCUUUGCAUUUUGUUUCACAUAAAUAACUUCAGCAUAAUCUUUGAUGUUAAAUUUGCUGCAUUCUCUCUCUUUAUUCUGGUUUCUUAUUUGCAUUUAUUCUAGCUUAUCUAUACACAUUUCUGAAGAGUGCACUGUGAUUCUGUGUUCCUAUUUGCAUUUUAUAAUAUAAACUUUAUAUCUAUAAAAGAGCUCUAGUCUUAAAAUCAAUGCCAAUAGUUUCUUUGUAUUAUUGUUAAACAUGUAUUUUCAUUGCCAAAUUGCAGUUGUCUUCAUUUACAAGUAUUAAAAAAGAAUCU